UUUCUCUCGAUCUCGAGUGUCGAGUUCGAACUUCGAGUCCAUAGAUAAUACACUUAUACUUCGAGUCAAUAACAUAACACCAACACCAACAAAUAGUUGUAUUUCUCAACCUGAGAUUUCAACAUUUAAUUGCAUUGUAUAAUAUCGUAAAGCAUUAUGUAUUUUAAUGUGUGGCACUAAGGUACAGUUUAGCCUGCUUCAAUGUUUAUAUUUUGAGGUCAUUACAUUGCACACGAGUCAAGCCGAUGCGCAGCCGACCGAGCACCGAGUAGCGACACACGAAACGAAACAAGGGCGAUGUUGAAUAUCGUAGCAUUAGACAGCUGUCGUUUCAUUUUCAGCUGAUUUUUGUGUACGCUUCGAGUAGCGAUAGGCAGCCUUGCGUCCCGUGCAGUGUUCUAGCUCGACGUCGCCGCGACGAGCUUCGAUCGAGACAAAGGAUUGCGAUCGUAAGAACAAUCGAGAACGGCAGAGGCGCGAACAAAGGGAGAUAGGGAGAUGGUGCAUUGAGCUCGCGGUCCUCGCUGUGGUGUCGCGCGCGGGGCGCAGGGCAGCGGGCGUGACGUCACGCCGCGACUCGGCCGAUGCGGCGCGGAUCGUGACCGGAGGCGCGCGUGCUCGCCGCGCAGCGGAGCGGGGCAGCCUGGCCUCCAGUGACUCAGGCGACGAGGGCCCCCGGCCGCCGCGCAAGCGGACCCGCAGGCUGUCGCCGCCCAGCGCCAUGCACCAGCCGUGCGCCAACGGCGCGCACCUCAACGGCGACGCGGCGCGCAACGGCGACUCGCCGCCCGCGCGCCUCUUGAGCCCGGCCGAGCAGGAGAUCGUGCGCCUCAUCGGGCAGCACCUGCUCUCGGCAGGCCUCGAGCGCAGCGCGUCAGUGCUGAUGGAAGAGUCGGGGCUGCACCUGGAGCACCCGGCGGCGGCCACGUUCCGGCAGCACGUGCUGGCGGGAGACUGGGGCAAGGCCGACCACGACCUGCGCGCGCUGCACGAGCUGCUGCGCGACUCGCCGCAUGUGGACCCACAUCACCUGGCCGAAAUGAAGUUCGUGGUACUGGAGCAAAAGUACCUGGAGCACCUGGAGGCGGGCCGCGUGCUGGACGCGCUGCACGUGCUGCGCAACGAGCUGACGCCGCUGCAGCACGACACGCCGCGCGUGCACCGCCUGUCCGCGCUCAUGAUGUGCGCCGACGCGGCCGAGCUGCGCGCGCGCGCGCACUGGCCCGGCGGCGCGCCCGCGCGCGCGCAGGUGCUGGCCAGGGUGCAGGCGGUGCUGCCGCCCGCGCUGAUGAUGGCGCCGGGGCGGCUGCUCGCGCUGCUGGCGCAGGCGGCGGCGCAGCAGACCGCGCGCUGCCGCUUCCACGUGGCGCCGCCCGCCGCCGUCGACCAGAUCCCCUUCUCGCUGCUGGCCGACCACCACUGCUCGCCCGACCACUUCCCCAUACACUCGCUGCAGGUACUCAACGAGCACUGCGACGAGGUCUGGUACUGCAAGUGGUCGCCGGACGGCGCCAAGCUGGCCUCGGGCUCGAAAGACAACACCGUCAUGAUAUGGGACUUCGACCCCUCCGCGAAGAGGCUGUCGUUCAGAAAGUCGCUGGACGGCCACUCGUACGGCGUGUCGUACUUGUCGUGGAGCCCCGACGGCCGCUACCUCAUCGCCGCCGGGCCCGAAGACUGCCCCGACCUCUGGAUCUGGAACAUGGAGACGGAGCAGCUGCACCUCAAGAUGACUCACUCGCAGGAGGACUCGCUGACGGCCGUGGCGUGGCACGACUCGUCCGACAAGUUCGUGUGCGGCGGAGCGCGCGGGCAGUUCUACCACUGCGCGCUGGACGGAACACUCAUCAACAACUGGGAUGGCGUGCGCGUCAACGCGCUGGCGUGUCGCGCGGACGGCAAGGUGCUGGCGGCCGACACUCACCACCGCGUGCGCGCGUAUGACUUCUCCGACCUCACCGACCGCAACCUAAUACAAGAGGAGCAUGCCGUGAUGGCGAUGACACUGAACGCGGCAGACACGCUGCUGCUGCUCAACGUCGCCAACCAGGGCGUCCACCUGUGGGAUAUCCGAGCGCGCACGCUGGUGCGGCGCUUCCGUGGGCUGUCGCAGGGCCACUUCACCAUCCACGCGUGCUUCGGCGGCGCGCACCAGGACUUCAUCGCCUCCGGCAGCGAGGACAACAAGGUGUACAUCUGGCACAUCGGCGGCGAGGAGCCCAUCGCGGUGGUGUCGGGGCACACGCGCUGCGUCAACGCGGUGGCGUGGAACCCCGCGCACCCCGACGUGCUGGUGUCGGCCUCCGACGACUACUCGCUGCGCCUGUGGGGGCCGCGCACGCACUACUCCUAGUGCGAGACCCCUUGAGAGACUUCAGGGGUCCCCGAGCGUUCGCUGUUCCAUGAAUUUUGGGCAAUCGAAUAUGCAUACUAACAUAUUAGCUGUGUGAUCGUACCGUGUGUUACUCGAACACUCCAGGUGGAGUGUGUUGAGGAGCGUUGCUGUUGUUUGCGAACAGUUUCGAGAUCAAAUUGGCCGAACUCGAUUGUGCCACCGUUUGACGCAUUUUGAAAAAUAUGCAUUUAGCAUUGGAAAAUAUCAAUAGACCCAUGUAUUACAUAUGAAAUGUCGUCACGAAACUAAAUAAAUUUAAACCCAAAUAAAGUUGAACAUCUAUAUAAACAUGCAUAAUAAUGUACUAUUACGUAUAUCAGACAUUUUUUUUAUAUAUUUCGUAAAACAAUCUGUCAAAUUUUGCAAUUAUGAUCUGAGAUGAGAAACAAUAUUUGGUUUAUUUACUUGUACGUUUGAUGUAUUUAAUACGAGACGUGUGCAAUGCGAAGUGCCAUUCGAAAGUGCAAUAAUAAAAACUUGUAAAUUAUAAUUACUUCGACAUCUCAAUAUGAUUUUUUUGAGAAAUUAUUACUGAAAAUACUACCGAGCAUUGUGUAUGAUUAAAAGGCGAUAAAACAUUUGAGCGUAAAUUGAGCAAUAUGUAUAAGUAAUAAUGACCAUACAAUACCACAGAUAAAUGACUAUAUACAAAGAAAGAGAUCUGGCUAUUUAUAGUUUCAAAAUUAUGUUGGAUGUUUUAUUGGAUUCCCAUAUUACACGGAGUUAUCUCCGUAUCAAGUGAUAUUGCCAAAUUCUGUGCGUGUUCGCUGGCUGCAAGCUGCAAAAAGUAAAAUGAGUGGUAUUCUAUAGACGAUAACAUAAAAUUGAAAUUUAUGAAAAACCCCCGAAUGUCAUGAAAUUAUUAAGUACACUCACGACCGAGUCGUCAAUAUUCUCUUUCAGUGCGCUUUCAUUUGAAACCACACUCUAGUAUACUUGCAGACAUUCGGUUGUUCUUCACCACUUUCACCCCCCUCAAAUUUGAACCAGCUCAACCGAUUUUCAUGAAACAUGUCUAAAAACACUCGCCCGUAAGUCAUCUUUGAUACAAAAAAAAACGAAACUGAAAUCUCUUCAUUCGUUCAGGAGCUAUGGUGCCACAGACAGACACGUCAAACUUAUAACACCCCUCUUUUUGCGUCGGGGGCUAAAAAUACACUAGCUUAACUUUACUCAUCUAUAAAGUAUGCUACUUGCGGCGAUCAGUACGUGAGACACAUUUGUAUCAAUUCUAGAUAAGCGCGGGGGGAGGGGGGGGGGGGGCACUAAGGUUUAGGUUAAGCUUUGUGAUUAUCGUUAUUGAAGAACUGACUUUGAGAUGGACAUUCAUUAUUAUCAUUAGAUAGGAUUGGUACGUUUGUUUGUCAUGCAACCGUGUACGCAACACUAACUGGCACGCUCGGGUACCGUCAGCGGCGCCGCGCACUGUAAGAAUGGCGCACGCCGAGUUGUUGCCCGUAUAAGGAAGCGGUUAAGUGCGCUGUUUGUCUAUAUGCCAGUUUGUGCAUGUCGCGGUGGUUGGCAUGCUUUUGUUGCGCUUCGGGAAAAUUAUAAAAAAUACUUGUUAGUGUUAGAUCUAUUUGUAAUUAUUUAACUAGGGAUCCUAGGGUCCCAAAAUGAUGACGUCGUGAUAGUGAAUUUCCACUAUCUGACUCCGUCCUGCCAGGUCUUUACAUGGUCGCCCGGAUGGCGAUGACCAAAAUUGAAAAUGGUCUAAAUUUUGACAAAAAUCGCAUAGGUACAUGAGGUGGAUCCUCGAAUAGGUUAUCUCGUAGGGUAUUUUCGGUUGAAUUUAAAUUGUUAAUGCAUAAGUUAGCACGGAAAACGUCGCCUCCCCCUGGCGCCGGACUAUACGAGUUAAAUGAUAGUGGUUUAAGACUAAUAUAUCUAAAGUAAGUUCUCAUUAUAGCGUAUAUUUUUGUACCGAUCUGCUAGCGCUAGUGAUCAUUGGCUAUACUUGUAAUUGUGCCUACUCAUACUAACUUAUAGCUGAGGGCGCACGAGUGGCGGUCAAGUGAAUAUAUAUCCUGGUAUCGCUUCAAUUUUAACGGCUUUACCUAAUGAUAUAUGUCGUUGAAAACAGGACAGACAGAGACAGCACGACUUUUCUGAGAUGUGCUAAACCUUAAACCGAAGUAAAUUCAAAAUUGGACUUUGAUUUACAGACAACAUAGCCGGAGAAUGCUGAUUAUAGCGUGCUCAACUCGUAACAUACAUAGCUAUUAAAGAGUUUUAUCUCUCACUACAUAAGCAAAUAUGAUUUAAAGAUUGAUGUGGAUAUUAUUCACCGAGAAGGCUGUAACUGACUUGUUCGUAGGACAUUGAAAGAUCACUUGACCGUUCGUAACUUGGAACUAUACAAGCGUAACAACGAUAUAAAAUAGUAAUGAGUUGUGUGUAAAAUUAUUUUACAUUUAUGAUUGAUAUGAUAUGACAUCUAUGAUGGCAAAUUAAACUUGUUUAAAAAUACAUAUAUAUUUGUCAUUUCUCUCAACCAUUGGAACUGAAGGGUUCUUAUUGUUAUUUUGAACUUUUAACUAUAAUACAUAGUGUAGGAAACGUAGGAGGUGCGCCUCUGCGUCCCCUGCGUACCGGCGUGCGCUUGCGCGGCUCACGACUCGAGUGUACGUAAUUACGUAUAUAUUUUCACGCGUGUACGUUCACCAAACGCCUGCGUCUGACUGCGCUUCUGAAAAACGAUGUGUGAUGUUUUAUAGAAUUAUGUUUUUCUUUUUCAAAUAAAUCACAAGAGUGCUUAACAGAGCUGAUGUUAUACUGAUGCCGCGGUUACCGCCCGAGUGAGACGACGUGCUCGCUCUUCAUGGACUCCGGGAUUUGCUGAUGUAUUGGGCUAUGACAUUACGUCGCAGCGACUAAUUGUCAAUGGUGCUAUCAGAAUUAAUCGCCGCAGUCGGGAGGUGCAAGUCGAAUUUGGCUAAGUACAUGUGAUCUUGAUCACAUCAUAUGGAUAGCGACGAUAACGCCUACCUUAUAGACUGCCUGCGUGUAAUACGCAUUUCGUGACCGCGUCGUGCGAAUAUUGUUGUGACGUCACUACUUUCAGGUGUCGCUGCGAUUGUCAAUGUUUUAGCUCAUGUAAUAUUCACAAAUAUUUAGUUUAUUUUCACAAGAUACUAUUUUUGAAGUGUAAAAAUGAUUGUGGAGCAAUAGGAAACCUCUAAAACUUGUCCAUUUGUCUAUUACCAUCUUGAAUAUUCUUGUCUUAUAUAAAACUUGUCUAUUUACCGAAUUUAUGACCUGUGAUUCUAGAAUACUUUAUCAUGAAAUUAACUGUCUUUAUCGUACACUGUACACUUAACGAAUAUGUAUUAUAUAUUUAUAGGCGGUAGAUGUAACGGCCGCGUAGAACCGGCUUCAGUACCAUAACUUUUACAAGACUCCGACAUACAAGCGGCCAUGAGUAGGGUACCUACUCUAUUGAAGCAAAGGUAUAGAUGUCGACGGCGCGGGGGUGACUGUGCUGCGACUCGUUGUGUUCGUAAUGGUUUGGCUGUUGGCUGCACAGAAGUGUUGAAGCGGCGUCCCGGAGUUCACCUUGUACCAAAUAUCAGGCAGUAGUUGUGCGAGUGUUGCGUGUGUAGAAGUACAAAGAGGGAUCGAUAUGCGCGAGCUCUGUUCGUUUGGGCCGGCGGAGAGCAGAGAGAGAGUUCGAAUUGUUUUGGAGUUCCAGAGACGAGAGCGCAACUCGUUAUUACGAGUGAAGUGCGAAUAUAAAUGUUACGAAUUGAGUUUUAUACAGUUACGUUUGGAAUUUGUAUUUUUGUGAAAAACAAAAACUAUGACAAUAUAAAAACGACGAUUUUUGCACAAUAUUAUGGUUUGAGUUUUCUCCGCGUUGGUCCCAAAUGAAUAGAGCACGCCUUAUACAUAGAGUAUAAAUAAAUAAUAAUAUUAAGAUAGGUAGACAUAGAGGUGACGAGGAAGCGCGAUUGUUAUAUAUAGAUAAUGAUUAUAUAUCAAUAAAUUGUUUAUCAUA